GAUAGUUCCAUUCUUGAUCCACGCGUCUUCCUAUAUCCACUUAAGUACGGAGGUUAGACCAAAAAUUAGAUAAAGUAAGAAUGUUGAGUAUAUUGAGUACCGGUAGCGGUAUAACGAUUUAUAUUUUCUAUAGUGCUAUACUACUUCUAUGCAUCCUCCUAUGUCUAAUACUGCGUGACAAUCCACCAAGUUCAGGUAAAUCGCCGCCUGGCCCUAAUGGUAUUCCGAUUCUUGGAAAUCUUCUUGUAUUUCUAGGUGAGAAACCUCAUUUACAGUUUUAUAGAUUGGCUCGUGAGUUUGGUUCAGUUUUUCGAGUUCGUAUUGGCCGUUUUGAUGUGAUCGCUCUGAACGACUUCAACGCCAUUCGCGAGGCAGCAAAUAAACACAAGGAGAUCAAACGUUACAUGGCUCCAGUCAGCGUUAUUUUGCAAAAAAUAGGUACACUGUUCAAAAGUAAAGAGAGCAGUUUAGACGAGCAAUUUAAAGAUGUGAAGCGCGUUUUCGGUAGUCCAAAAGACGAGCUGGAGGUGUGUGCUGCCAAAGAAACAGAAGAAAUGGUCAAAGUUAUUCACUUGAAAGGCAAUGAAGCGUUCGAACUCAAACCAAUGGUACUCACCACUGUAAUCAAUACAACAUUGAGCGUGUUUAAUAUGAACAGAUGUAAAAGGGAUGACGUGAGAUUAAAGAACACCGCGGAUUUUAGCAAGAAUAUCAUCCAGGUCGACCAGUACUUUCAUCUUUUAGAUGUCCUUCCGGUUUGUGAUAUUUUUAAACUUCGCCAAUUUAAAACAUUAGCUUUGCUGGGAUUGAAACUUCAGAAUUUCGUAAACGAGAAAAUGCAAGAAUUUUAUAAACGAGACAAGGAAUUCGUGGGAAAAGAUGCUCAAAACGACGAAGAAAGUAAAGAAAAAAAACCGAAUGGCAGCGACAUUAGUGAUCAAUCGAAAACAAAUUCCGUUAUCUCUCUAAAACUAAACAGUGUUCAAAACAUUUCGUGUACACUUCGUAAUUCUCUCAUUGCUGGCACACACACCGUAACAAACACGUUCAACAUUGCUAUGUUUUUCAUCGCUCAAAAUCCUAAGAUAAUGGAGAGAGUGCAGAAAGAAAUACAUGAUGUCACAGGAGGCAUCCGAAGACCGACAUUUGCCGAGAAAGCAAACAUGCCAUACACGGAAGCAACGAUAUUGGAGAUGUUGCGCAUUUCUCGAUUGGUUGUGAGAAAGUAUUUCGCCCCCAACGGGGGAAGCCUUAGCGGUUAUAAAUUGUGUCCAGGAACACUGAUCUUGGUGAAUUAUUACGCGGUACAUCACAACCCCGAUGUUUAUCCUGAUCCAGAACAAUUUAAACCUGAGAGGUUUUUGGAUGCUGAAGGCAAAAUUUUCAAACCCAAAGAAUACAUCCCCUUUGGAACAGGGCCACGGAUGUGCAAAGGACUCGGCCUCGCACGUGUCGACUUAUUCAUACUAUUUACUUAUCUACUCCAGUGUUUUACAUUUUCUCUAAAAGAAGAUAUGAAAAAUGAACUUGAGGGAAUACUUGGUUACAACGAAGAAUUUAUUUACGAAGUAACUGCGGUUCCUCGUCAAGGAUGCUUUUCACCAGACGUUUAAAUCACGACUGCUUUAAUGUGUGUUAGUUCUGCUUCUGAUGAUGAACUAUAAUUAAUAAUACAUUAUUUGUUGAAUAUAUUGUUGCUUGAUUCUUAAAUAUUUUUUUAUUUUAUACAUGAUACAAUUUCAGACAAGAUGUAACAGUCUAAGAUAGUAUAAUACAUACGGUACUCUAAGUAUCGAAAUGCACGCCUGAUGAUGACAUAAUUAAUGUCGAAAUAUUGAAUCCCGACACGAUGGCGUGCAUUUCGACACUUGGAGGAUGUUUUAUACUAUCUUAUCUGAGAUUAAUCAGGGGACCUUUCGGUUUAUGUAACAGUCUUGUUUUAAUAAUUGUCCUGUUUUAGACAAUUAUCUAAUCUCUCUAAUAGGCCUACAAGUUCUCAAUUAAAAUCUGGGUUUUGAUCUCAGUGAAAAUAAUGCGUAUAGACGACAUUUACUACCGAAUAGUGUAAUUAAUUAUGUUUACAUUAUGACACGUGAAUAUGAUGAUUCCACAAACAUAAGAAGGAUAUAACGCAUACCGGUAUCUCAUUUACAUCUGUUCAUAACGAUAAAUACACAAUGUAUCUCAAAAUUUAAAUUUCGAUGAUGAAAUACGAGCUUUCAUUCAAUAUUCUUAAUGUUUUCUUAAUGAAAUGAACAAUUCCACAUCCCAAUAUUCGAUUUCUGUUUGUUUAGUGAAUAAACUACACGUGGGUAUCUUGUAUACAUAUCUGAAAAUCAGACGGAGCUGACGGCUUAUGUAAUAGCAAAUUAUUCCUCUUUGGUACAUGUCACAACCACAAAGUCUAACAGAUGACAAUAUCUUUUAAUGGAUAAUGAAUCAUUCAAUUAAGAAUUGAUUUAAUUCGAUAUGAUAUAACCUUUACAAUAACAGUGCAUUUUACAUUUGAAACAAUACCGGUACGUAGCCAACGACAGCAACAUGUCUGCAUUGAGUAAAUUAAUAAUAAUUUAGACUAUUUGAAUUACUUAUUUUGUAUAUUUAAGUAAGUUAUUAAAAUGAAACAUUUGAAUGAGAAAAAAAGUUCCCCGUCAAUUUUCGUAGAUCCUUAAAAUUGGUUGGUGAUCAAUUUAAGGAUUUUUGUAGUAAAAUGUCUGUAAAUCGGUGAAAA